AACUGCGGGAACAUUUAAUAAUCCUGCACCCGACCGUAGCCGAUUAUAACCACCGCAAACGACACCCAAAAUUCCCUUCCCUUCCCAAGUCAGCUUUUUAUGGCACAGUGACCUUCGCCACCACCGCUGCCGUCGAAUCGAAUUGCCUGCCUGAAAAUCUGUACAAUUCCUCUCUCCACCUUCGUUGCUACGGUCGGAAUCGCAUCGAUCAACCAACGUCGCGUUGAUUUGAGGUGGAUGGAUGAUGGACUACGUGAACAAUUUGCCAGCCAUGGAUCUGAUGCGCUCGGAGAAGAUGAUGUUCGCGCAGCUCAUUAUCCCCGUCGAGUCCGCGCAUCGCGCCGUCUCCUAUCUCGGACAGCUUGGUCUUCUUCAAUUCCGCGACUUAAACGAUGACAAAAGCCCUUUCCAGAGAACAUUUGUAAAUCAGGUUAAAAGAUGUGCUGAGAUGUCCAGAAAAUUGCGCUUUUUUAAAGACCAGAUACAAAAAGCUGGUCUACUUCCAUCUUCACUUCCAUCCUCACAACCUGAUUUUGAAUUAGAAGAAUUGGAGACCCGACUUUCAGACCACGAGCAUGAGUUAAUAGAAAUGAAUGCCAACAGUGAGAAACUGCAGCAAACAUACAACGAGCUGCUUGAAUUUAAAAUGGUUUUGCAGAAGGCAGGUGAUUUUCUUAUCUCUGGGGGAAGCUCUGCAACCCAGGAGACUGAGUUAGAAGAAAAUGUCUUCAUAAACAGUGAUUAUGCAGACGCAGGAUCAUUGCUUGAACAGGAGAUGCAACAUGGAACAUCACACCAAUCUGGAGUAAAAUUUAUAAGUGGCAUCAUCUGCAAAUCUAACAUUAUGAGAUUUGAGAGGAUGUUAUUUCGCACAACUAGAGGCAAUAUGUUUUUCAAUCAGGCAAGGACUGAUGAUCAUAUUGUGGAUCCUGCUACAAAUGAAAUGGUUGAGAAAACAGUUUUUGUGGUAUUCUUCUCCGGUGAACAGUCAAGAAAAAAGAUCCUUAAAAUUUGUGAAGCUUUUGGUGCAAACUGCUAUCCAAUCCCAGAAGAUUUAACCAAGAGGAGACAAAUAACAGGAGAGGUUUUAUCACGCUUGUCUGAGUUGGAAACAACCUUAGAGGCUGGUCUACGCCAUCGGGAUGCCGCUCUGAACUCUAUUGGUUUUCAUCUCACUAAGUGGAUUAUAAUGGUGAAAAGAGAAAAGGCUAUUUAUGAUACAUUAAACAUGCUAAAUUUUGAUGUCACAAAGAAGUGUCUGGUUGGUGAAGGUUGGUGUCCAGUAUUCGCAAAAGAUAAGAUUCAAGAAGCUCUGCAACGUGCAACUUUUGAUAGUAAUUCACAAGUGGGUAUAAUAUUUCAUGUGAUGGAUUCAACAGAGUUGCCCCCAACGUACUUCAGAACAAAUGAUUUUACUAAUCCAUGUCAAGAAAUCGUUGAUGCAUAUGGUGUUGCUAAAUAUCAGGAGGCAAAUCCUGCAGUUUAUGCGAUUGUUACAUUUCCCUUUCUUUUUGCUGUGAUGUUUGGGGAUUGGGGUCAUGGUAUAUGCUUACUAUUAGGAGCUUUAUACCUUAUAGCCCGUGAGAAAAGGUUUAGUUCACAGAAACUUGGCAGCUUCAUGGAGAUGCUAUUUGGUGGUCGCUAUGUACUUCUUUUGAUGUCUCUGUUUUCAGUUUACUGCGGCUUCAUAUACAAUGAAUUUUUUUCAGUUCCUUUCCACAUAUUUGGUCCCUCGGCAUACAGAUGCCGGGAUGCUACAUGCAGUGAUGCCCGUUCAGUUGGUUUAAUCAAAUAUAGAGCUACAUAUCCAUUUGGUGUGGAUCCAAGUUGGCGAGGAAGCCGUUCUGAGCUGCCUUUCUUGAAUUCCCUCAAGAUGAAAAUGUCUAUUCUGUUUGGUGUGGCACAGAUGAACUUAGGAAUUAUAUUAAGUUAUUUCAAUGCACGCUAUUUUAACAACCCACUUGAUAUUAAGUACCAGUUUAUACCACAGAUGAUAUUCCUCAACUGCCUUUUUGGUUAUCUAUCUCUGCUCAUUAUUAUUAAAUGGUGUACUGGUUCUCAAGCAGACCUCUAUCAUGUGAUGAUCUAUAUGUUCUUAAGUCCUUUUGAGAACUUGGGUGAAAAUAAGCUGUUCUGGGGUCAGAGUGUACUUCAGGUUAUAUUGUUGCUUUUAGCUAUGAUUGCUGUCCCAUGGAUGCUCUUUCCUAAACCUUUUAUUCUAAAGAGACGUCAUACUGAGAGAUUCCAAGGCCGCACUUAUGGAGUUCUUGGAACUUCCGAUGUGUUCAAUGAUGAAGAGCCUGAUUCUGCUAGACACCCAGACAUAGAUGAAUUCAAUUUUGUUGAGGUCUUUGUGCAUCAGCUUAUACAUUCUAUUGAGUUUGUAUUGGGUGCAGUUUCUAAUACUGCAUCAUAUCUUCGUCUGUGGGCUUUGAGUUUGGCCCAUUCAGAAUUAUCUACUGUUUUCUUCGAGAAGGUUCUGGUCCUCUCCUGGGGGUAUGAAAGUUUCAUCAUACGCUUAGUGGGACUGGGAGUUUUUGCCUUCGCAACAGCAUUUAUAUUGCUGAUGAUGGAGUCUCUUAGUGCUUUCCUCCAUGCAUUGCGUCUUCAUUGGAUCGAAUUUCAGAACAAGUUCUACAGUGGCGAUGGGUACAAGUUCAGGCCAUUCUCAUUUGCUGCAUUAACUGACGAUGAUGACUAGUAACUUUUCUCAACUUCUCUAUAUAUAUAUAUAUAUUUUUUUUUUUCAAGAAUUCUUUUGAGAUGAAAUAGCCGAAUGUAGAAAAUUUUUUGCAGCAAUGAAGGACCAUAAAUACAGUGUCUCUCACUUCUUGUCUUUUAACAUAAUACUUACUAGAUUGAUAGAUAUGUAACUGUAAGUCGAGACCUAUUCUUUAGAUGCAAUUUAAAGGGAGGGGACAACUUGUAGCUAGCUUUGUCCUAUAUCCUGUUUCUCGUUGUGCGAAUAGGGAUACAAGGAUUCGCUUGUAAAGAGGUACAUAUAUGUACGUAGAAGAAUCUAUACCUUUUAGCACAAUUAACCGCGAUAUUUCACAAGAUUCUUUUUGUGGAUUCAUGUUA